CCGGUUUUGAUUAGAUCUGACUUUUGCUAAACAUGUCGGCUCACAGCAGUCUACAACGACUACCAGACGAGGUAAUUGAAGUUUAUCUUUAGCUAAAAUUCCCUCUAAAGUCCGCUUGUAUUAUCUGUUGUGAAAUUGAUCGAGCACAUGCAUUUCGUACUUUGUUUCAUAGUUGGCCGAUUUACACAUAUUUGUCGUUCCCUUGGAGCUGUGGCUGGAAAAAUAUCGAACAGCGUUCAACAAUAUUGCGCUGGAGUCCGUUUCGGCUGGUUUUGUCAGGUAAUUUGCCGUUUUGCAUGGAAAAAGUAAGCCUAAUUUUAAGCUGUUAAUGCCAUACAAGAUCCGUUUUAGCGAUGGCAGACAUGUUAGGCUUGCUUGUAAUGUUAUUUCCUGGGGCUAUUGUAUUUUUAAUAUUAUGUAAUGGUGGUAUGAAGCAUCACAUCUUGAACCUUAUCUUUAUAUUUUUAGAGUACAACCAUAUAUUUCUCUCAGCCUUGUUCGAGAUCAUAUUGAGGAGCAGUUAGGAUCGGAGUUAGUGCCAGAAGAUUAUGUUUUUCUUCGUUCUGUCGGUCGAUGUAUGGCCGUGGUAAGUUUUCACAAUCUAGACAGAUGAAAGAUUUAUUUUAUAGUAUUGUUAAAGCUUUUAACAGAAAGGUGGUUUUUAUUUCAUGGGAACUAAGUAUUAUUUCACUAUUGUUUUUCGGAAUAAUACAUCGCCCUUGUCUUCCUUCGAUCGGUUUAUUAAAUAUCCAUUUGCUUCAGUUCGUAAAGUAGUGGGAAACAUCUGCCAAGCGAGCAAACAAUAACGACGAUGGUUUUAAUUUACUUUUUGGAUAGACUGUCACGUUUUUAUUAAUAAUUGAAGUGUUUUCUCCAAUCUUCUCUGUGCAUUAUUUAUAAAAGAAACAAUGAAAGGUUAUAGAGCUGUUUUCAAUGCACGUCAUAUUUUCUUUUCAUAAUUCAUGCUACAAUAGUUCAGUAAUUUCCUUUUCUUAAUCUUCAUGUGACAUAUGUAAAAAUUUCCCGCAGUUACAGUAAUUAUACUGUGCAAAUAUAUGUGUUUUAACUAAACUAACGUUCGAAUUCAGUCAGUGAUAUUACAUUAUUCAGUCGUAAUAUAAGUCAUUCUCGCUUAUAUCAAGAUAUAGAUAGUAACUGAUAUUAUUAUUAUUAUUAUUAUUAUUAUUAUUAUUAUUAUUAUAAUUAUAAUUAUUAUUAUUAUUAUUAUUGCUGUUAUUCUUGCCUGGUGGAUCAAGGCAGUGCUCUAAUAUUAUUGUAUCCUGUUUAUCUUGGUGGUGCCUUGGUGUAAAUUCAUUUAGUUCUUUGAAGUCUAUUUUUUAACUUUUUUAAAAUUACAUCUUUUUAGGUGAAAGAAAAUCAAGAACGCUUUCUCAAAGCAAAAGACUUUUUACCACCUGUGGUAAGGAUGAUGAAAUAGUUUCUCUUUUAUCAUUCAAGGGUGGCAUUAUGGUGACCUUCUAGAAAAUCAAGUGUUUUAGAAGCUUUUCACCCAGCCUUAACGUCUUGUCUUCUUGCCUUGUUUUUGUGAGUCUUGGAUUUUUGAAUUUUACUUGACAUAAUUUCUUGGAUUUUUAAGCCUGGUUUCAGCAAACCUUAGAAAGUCACACAUACACCUUAUUUUUAUUAACUUAGCUAACAGUCUGGAGCCACUACAGACAUGUUAAAUUUGGAAGGAUUAUUUCUACAAUUUGCCGAAAAAAAAAAAUUAACAAAAGGGAUUACUUUUUUCAGUCAUAUACACCAGAGAUAUUUAUUCUUCCUGCUACACAUGACUCUGUGGCAAAACCAGUGGAAAAUGCUGCAAAUACAGUAAUACAGACUCAUGGAAUGACAACAGGUAAUAUCAUUAUAGGAAUUAAUUUGAGAGUGUAUCAAUGAAGUAACACUGUAUAUUAUCAUGAAAUAUUGUUUUCAUGUCACAGUGUAUUUACACUUGGUAGAAAUAUAAUCAUGAUGUUUGGCCUCGUUCUGUAUAGCCCUCGUCUGGCAACAAAAAGGAAUUUAUAUUUGUCAUCAGACAGUACGUGAGGUUAUGAUGGUGAGGAUUGGUCUCUAAUGUCAAGUGCAAUGGCACUUAUUGUGAGUGGUUCUUGUUUCUUGACAAAAUUUUUCCAUCUGGCAACUGAAAAAAAAAUUCAGUCAUCUCUUGGCACACGAAUAAAAAAAAGGUAAUUUCAGAUCCUGAUGUGCCUAUAGCUAGAUCAUUGUGAAUGGGAACUGCUCAAAACAUUCCUUUGUUGUGAUUACAAGUAAGUAUCAUUCUUUUUCAGCGGGAAUGGCAUCAAUGCAGCCUCAACAUUUUCCAAGUGUUCCUGCAGGAUACAUGCAGCAACCUCAUGCAGACAUGCUGACAGGUGGUUAUUCACCUGGCCAGCAGUCUGGACGAGUGGAUCAAACUUUUCGCAGGAGCAGCAGGUCUUCUAAGUCAAUGUCUGAAGAUGAAGGUGGCAGUGACGCAGAUCAAGAAACUGGUGACAGGUACCAGUCUUUAGAUGAAAGGAGAGGCGGAAAUGUUGGGGAGGUGACAGGAUUGGAUGAGAAGAGAAAGAAAGAGAGAAAGGAAAACAUGGAUGAAAAUGAAGAUUCCACAGAACGUAUUUUGUCCAAAACAAAGAAGCAAAGAAUGCAGAAGAAAGGGAGUGAUAGCUCAUCUGGCAGCAAUCAGUCAGAAGCAAGGACUGUUAAGUUUAUUCAACCUGAAGUUUUGCAAAAUUUACCUGUUCCUGGGCAGAAUGGAGCGUUAAUUUCCCCACCUACACCUAUUCCUUCAGGGCGUGUCAUAGCUUCUCCAUUACCUGCUCAACAGGAUAAGUUGGCAACAAGUGGCCCCAGAAAGGAUAGUAGUUUUGAUUAUCAAAAUAAUAGUGAUAAUAGUAAAACUGUGGAAUAUGAACCUGUGCCAGACAAAAAGAAAAAAGGUGAAUCAAAAGCAGGGAAAAAGAAAAGGAGAGAUCGCUCCCGUUCUCCUUCUCUUGAAAGGAGUCAUCCGAAGGAACAGGAAGUUUUGAAAGGAGCUGAUUAUCCCGGGAUUAAUGAAGAGAAUUUUGAAGAUGUUAAUAGUUCUGCUGUUUUUGGUGAAGUCACAGUAAGUCGCAGGGAAACACCUCCAACUUUAAUUGAAGUCGAAGAGAGAUCUAAAUUUGUUCAAUUUCCAUCACCUGCAAAAGGUUCAAGAAGACCAGUUACACUUGACGAAAAUGAACUGGGAUUUGGAAAUCAUCUUGUUAAUGGAUCACAUGAUAUCAUGUAGGUGGUUUUGACUGGGUACAUUAGUAAGGGUUUUAGUGAGAGAAAUCCAGUUAUGAGAGUGUGCGCACAGUUAGUAAAGAGUAAGGUUUGAAGGGUUGCACAGCAUAGAGAUGGGCACAUCAGCUAUUUAUCCUUUAAGCCGUGAUAUCCACAUAUAAAUUCUCCAAACUGAUCUCUAUACAUUUCCUUUAAGAAUGAGUUAAGAGAAUUUAAUAAAAGAUCAAAGCAUUUACCCUUUGGUGAUCAUGUUAUCAAUUCUCAUAAUGUUUUCUCUUGGUGAUGUAUGGAUAUUGUUAGGAGAAAAUUGAUGUUGGUCACUCGUUUCCUAGUGAUAGUGCAUUUUCUUGGUGACAGUACAUAAGACUGGGCGUUUCUUUUUGUGAUGCAGAAAAUACUUUAAGUUUGCUUAAAUUUUUUUUUUUGGUGUAGGUAUUGUUCCUUGUCUUUUCAAUCUUUUGUAUUAUGUCAUUUGGUGACUGCACCUGUCUGUGACACCAUUGAAGAAACUACAAAAAGAUUCAUUGAAAGACACUGAACAGUAAUCACACCACCAAACAACAUGCAACCAGUAAUACUUUUUGCAACACCUCAAAUAGGGGUAAACAUCCAGUUAAUCCAAUAAAAAGUAGCCACCUUUUAAGCUUUAUUAAUAAAUGUGACUCAAUACAGUCCAACCUCUGUUUGCAGCUUCCUCUUAUUAAUAGCAACCACUUAUCCAAAGUAACUAGUCCCAGUAAUCAUUUUGGAUAGUCACCUGCAGGAGUUUUGACUGUAUCUAAGUCAUCUGGUGAUUGCAACUCUGAAUGUCAUAGUGUCCCUAGCCUCAGUCUUGCUCGUUAAGUAAGUUGAUUGUUAAUUCCAAUGUUUGUUUGUCGCAGGGAUGAUGGAUUUGCCGAAAGUAAUGACCCAGGUGUUGCAGUGCCUGACGUCAAUGAUUAUGGUGUAGCUGAGAAUGGUGAUGCAUAUGAUGAAGCAAAUGUGAAUGAAAAAUUACAGGAUAAUAAUGAACAAGCUGACGAAGAUGGCAUCAAGAAUGUCAAAGACAGUACCAAGAAAGAUAGCAGAAGGGGAAAUACCAAUGUUAAUGCUUCUAAAGGAAAGAAAGUGGCAAAAAAACCGGCAAAGAAGCCUACAGAGAUCUUGGAAGACAAAUUUAAAAUACCUCAGAUACCCAAGGUGCCGACUCCACCUCCCAUGACAUACCUAAAGAAAGGAGAUAAAGAAAUGGAGAAGGACACAGCAUCAGCGAAGGACAGAAAACGUCAUGAGAUUGAAGAAUUGAAGGCAGAGCUGAGGAAAGCAAAGAAUGCCAGGGUGGAUAUGGAGAAAGAGAGAGAGUCGAAAGUCCGACGGGCAAAGAUGUUACAGAAUCAGAUGUUGCAAAAGAGAAACCAAUGUAUGUAUGCAUUAAUUUGUUAAGGUUGAUGCCUUUGAGAUUUGGCUUUGUUAGCAUUCCCAAACUUCCCAUGGAUGCCAGGCCAGCUUGUUGUAAUUACUGUAGGCCUGCAUUAUUCCCUUUACCCACUGAACCCAUGAGAGUUGCACGGUACUACUGCAGGCAGCAGGCUGCUUUACAAAAGUUAUAUGCCCUCUGUGCAUGAUCUUUCGAAACAACAUCGUAUGGUUGGGUCUAGCUUUUACAUGUACAUUCCCUUUGAGUUGCCAAGGAUGGAAAUAGGGAGACAAAUUGGACUACAGUCGACUCUCUCUUAACGGACACCUCUAUAAGACGGACACCACUGUAAAACGCACACUUAUAGUUGUCCCUGCCUUUCUUUACUCCCUUUAUUUGACUUUCUAUAAGACGGACACCUCUCUAAGACGGACACUUCGUGCCGGUCCCAAAGGUGUCCGUCUGAGAGAGAGUUGACUGUACUGCUUUAACCUCCUUUAAUCUGAUAAGGUUUAAUUGCAUGAAGAUGACAUGUUGAAGUGCUACAUGUAGCUCUUUGUUUAAGUGAAUCUUGGGUAUACAGGGCUAACGGUUGUCAAUUAUCAGCAUUUCAGUGACUUUUUUCAGUCAGUUUUUUAGUUGGUAGCACUAAAUAUUUACAUUAGAAUUCCCAGUGCAUUCUGUCAAUAAAGUUUUAUUUGAAUAACGCCUUAUUCUCUUUAUAGCCAAGAACAUCUGGAAAAAGAAGUUUUUUGAAGAGAAAAGGAAGACCGGAAGUUUAGAUGACCAAGUGAACCGACUAAGGCACGAAGUUGAUGUGCAGCACAAAGUUCUCAUGUCGUACUUAGAGAGCAAAGGUAUGGCUUGAUCAAGACGUUUUUCAAUAUAAAAAUAUAUGAAAGGGUUUCUUUAAUGUAUUUUACAUAUGUAAAUCCUCAAUAAGGGCGCAUUUAUCUACUUUACAAAGCAAACUGGAAGGAUGAGAUGGCUACAAAUUGGGAGCAAUGGAAUGGGCCGAGCCUUCACCACAGUUCUAGCGUUUUUGGAAUAAAACUACGAGAAAAUAGGUUAACAAUCUAGGGCAAAUCAUUAAUCACUUCUUGUUUUAUACAUGAUUUCAUUGUGGAUCUUUUUUUAUAGAGCGCGAGGGUAACAAAGGAGGAGGCGGAGGCGAUUACAAGUCACCAUCAGAAAAGGUAAGCAUUUAAUAUCUGUACAUUUUUUUUGCUUUUGUUUUUUUCUUAUUCAAGUCUCUAGUUUGGGCCAGUGAAUUUCGCCUUACCUUUUAGCGAUAUUGCAGCUUACGAGUAGCUCCUAAAGAAGUCACUUGCUGGCAAAUAUGCUGAUUGUCGCUUUAUACAUGAAUGACGUACCAGCUCCUUCUGCUCAGGUUAUAGUACCCAAUGCCCAAAGGACGUUUCUUCUGGGAUGGAAACCUGAUUACCGUGCCAUCACUCAUCACACAGUGCAUUCACAAUCCAACUCAAUGCGGCCUUAUUUGGGCUUCCCUAACCACCUCGUCAAAGGAAAUAUCUACGGCAGUCACUUUUCAAGUCUCUGAAGUCUCAAGUUUCUGUCGCGUGCCUGCAUCUUUCCCGCCACCUCGUUCCCAGUCUUCUGUCCCCUGGGAACGAGGUUGUGGUAUGGUUGACAUAGGGGACCUGGGCAAAAAAAGGUUUCCAGCAGAUUAGUCUCGUUCGUGUCUGCGAACCACUCUGUCCAAUGUUAUUGUUGACCAUGAUAUCUGCAUUUUUUUCUAGACAAACCAGCGCAUGUCCCUUGCUCGCUUACAACACGAAGUUGAAGAGCUUAGACGAAGAAUAGAAGAAUUGAAAAUGAAACUGACAGUUGAAAUGAAGGUAAACGAAACUGAUGUGUUUUUGUUUUGUUUUGGGAGUUUUGUUUCUUGUUGAUUGUGGACGAAAAGAAGUUUAAAAAUUCUGAAGGAAAUAAAAUGUAACUUCCGCUAAUGAUAAUUACUCGCUCUGAUAAAGUAGCGCCCAGACGGUAGCUUAUGAAUCUUUUUUACCGGUGAUUAGAUUUAGUUGAUAAAGCCAAAUUUUUGUGUUUCAGCGCAUCCUUACCCACCCCCCUCCCCCCAACCGAGUCAGUUGAUCAGUUUCGUUUGGAUUUGGCCCAUCAUUCAUUUAUUGUCGUUUCUUUCUUAGAAUCGUGACGCAGCCCAGAAGGAGUUGAAGCAAAUACGACAGGAUUUGAUGGAAAAGAAGAUUAAUUUGACGCUUACUAAAUCGCAGAAGAGCUUAGCAACUCUUGGAAAUCCAGAAAAUAUUGCGGUGUAAUCUUAGUGUAUUUUAUUAUGACCGUGCGUGGAAUUUAGUAAUUCUGAAAGUUAUAUUUAAGGCAUGCAACUAACCGAGACCGAGUUAUUCAAACUCUAGUUUUCUGCUGUGAAAGUAGAAUUAAUCUUUAAAAGACUAGUAUCUUAUUAUAUUCAUAAGUUUAUUUAACCAAAUUAAAAGGUACAGGAAACAACAACAAUAGCAACAUAUCAGAAAA